UUUAUCUUUUCUGGCAGCCUCUCCUCUCUCUCUCUCCCGGCCUAAAGCGAUCGCUGCGCGGGUCCUUCCUUGCCCUUUGCUUCUCCGCUGACCCUGUUCCUCUUCCCUCCUCCCCCAUGUCCGGCCAUGACUGCUGCUGCUGCUGCUGCUGCUAGCCGGCUGCCUCGCCCCCGUCUCUAGCCAUCCCCUCCCUGCGCGCUCCACGGCUGCUGCCAGGUGCCAGCUCUAGGUGACUAGGUAGAUAGACAGUUGUGGCCAUCUGCUGCUGCCGCUGAUCGACUGCACAGCAGCACGGAGGAGUGGAGAGAGAGAAAGCAAGAAGCCAGCAGGAGAGAGAGAGAGAGUGAUCGAGGAGAGAGAGAAAGAAUCUGCAAUUGCUUUCCAGUCAUUGACCACCCAGUUUCAGUUUCCCCCCUCGUUUUGUCCCCUGCACCUCCUUGAUUCCUGUAUUGCUUGCUGUUCCUCGUUAUUCCCUGCCUACCUGUGCCUGCUCCAGCGAGCCCGCCCUCGUCUCAUCACAUACCCCCUUGUCCGGCCGGCGCGGCGGCUUGCCCCCAUCCUCCUCCUCCUCCUCCUCCGCCAUUCUCGAUGAGUUAUUGCUACCUCCUCGCUCCUCCAGUUUCAGCAUCAUAGAUUCCAAUUCCAUGGCUAGAUAGCGUUAUAUAUAUACAAGUGCAAGGGCAAGAUCAGGAGGCAAAGCUAGCCCCUUUCCGCUUGGGUUCCGCUCACUUAUGUGUUCAUCACCACCGCCGCCACCAGACACAGACAGGAUAAAGCGGAAGCCGCGGAUCAGGAGAGCAGCAUGUCCAGCUCCAACCUCACCUCCUCCGCCUCCGGCGGGCCCAACGCGCCGCCGGCCGCCGGCAACAAGCGCAAGCGGAGCCUCCCAGGAAACCCCGACCCCGACGCGGAGGUGGUGGCGCUGUCGCCGGCGACGCUGAUGGCGACGAACCGGUUCGUGUGCGAGAUCUGCGGCAAGGGGUUCCAGCGGGACCAGAACCUGCAGCUGCACCGGCGCGGGCACAACCUGCCGUGGAAGCUCAAGCAGCGGGGCACCGGCAAGGAGGCGCAGCGGAAGAAGGUGUACGUGUGCCCGGAGGCCUCGUGCGUGCACCACGACCCCGCCCGCGCGCUCGGCGACCUCACCGGCAUCAAGAAGCACUUCUUCCGCAAGCACGGCGAGAAGAAGUGGAAGUGCGACAAGUGCUCCAAGAAGUACGCCGUCCACUCCGACUGGAAGGCGCACUCCAAGAUCUGCGGCACCAGGGAGUACAAGUGCGACUGCGGCACCAUCUUCUCCAGGCGGGACAGCUUCAUCACGCACCGCGCCUUCUGCGACGCGCUCACCGAGGAGAGCGCCAAGGUCAUCGGCCUCGGCGCCAUGGCCGCCGCCGCGCCGGCGCACCACCACCCGCUGCUCUUCUCCCCUCCGCCGCCGCAGGUGAUGCAGCACCAGGUCCAGGACCUCGCCGCGCUCCAGGAGAACCACCACCACCACCAGGAGGUCAUGCAGCCGCCGCAAGCGCAGCAGCAGCAGCACUGCAACUACGCCAUGAAGACGGAGAUGCCGCCGUGGCCGGCGAUGGCUUACGACCACCACGCCCACCCGCUGCUGCAGCCGCUAUGCAACGCCGCGCAGAGCUCGGCCACGUCCGCGCAGCCGCCGCCGCCCGCCGCGUCGGCGCACCUGUCGGCCACGGCGCUGCUGCAGAAGGCGGCGCAGAUGGGCGCCACCAUCGGUGGCGCCGGCGCAGGCGGGGGCGCGCACUACACCCAGAUGGCGGGCCCCGCGGCGAGCGCGCCCGGCGGCGCCACCUUCGGGCUCGGCCUCCCUGGCCUGAGCGCGCAGCGGCAGCCGGUGGACGGCGUCAUGGGCGGCCUCACGAGAACCGCCUCCCACGGCCGCGGCGGCGAGGACGGCGGCGGCGGCGGCGGGGGCGGCGACGGCAUGACGAGGGACUUCCUGGGCCUGCGCGCCUUCUCCCACCGCGACAUCCUCGACCUCGCCGGCUUCGACUCCUCGUGCAUGGGCGCCGUCGCCGCCAACGGCAACAUGACCUGCUACGAGCCGCAGCAACAGGCGCAGGCGCAGCAGCAGGAAAGCAGCAACGAGCCAUGGCACGGCAUGGGCAGCCAUGGCUAAACUCCGGCCUCGCUAGCUGCUUUCUUCUUCCUCUCACCUGUCGUCAUCAGCCACCAUCCUCUCGCAUCUGAUCGCAGCUGCAAUUCAGCAGCUAUGGCCAGCGCACCAUGCCUUUUGAGUUGGCAUCUCAUGAUCUUGCAACUUGAUCACGCAAAUGCAAGCGAUCAACCUUUGGAUGGACGACGACAGCACAGCACGCAGGGAAUCUGUAAUUUUUUGGGGGGUUUGGGGGUGGUUGGGGAGAAGAGAUCGAUCAACUGUAAACUAAGCUCGAAUCAAGGGAAACCAUAGCUAUGUGACAGUAAUAAUACAUGCAUCCAUCUCCCUUGCCUUUUGUUUUUCA